UACCUCGACGGCAACAGCGGGAAGGUGGAGUACUACCACAACUUCAUUUUCGCCGCUACUGCCCUGCAGUUGACCGGAGACAAAGGUGAGUACCAGGAUCUCAUCACGUGGGAGCAGCUUUCUGACGCGGCACGCAACGCGCUGAUCGAAAAGGAUUGGGGCACAACCCUUUUCGACUUGAUCGGAGCCAAGAUGCCUUUGAAGGACCAAAAUUUCAACAAGACCCUCAAGGCGGCGUUCCCGUUCUAA